GGCCGAGCCUUCCCUUCACAGACGCGCCCACUCAAUGAUAAUCCUGUCCAGUCAUUAUUGAGGAGAGAGGAUUGAUGGAGAGACUUGAAUGGCAGAAGGAGCGAACUGCAAUGGAAAGAGAAAUUGAAAUGUUAAGAGGAAGACUGAGGACCCAGCAGAAACCAGAGUCUCCUGAACCUGAUCCUGAACCUGAACCUGAACCCAGCUGUGUGUCCUUUAAGAGCGGUGGGUCAUAUCAAGGUCUCAUUGACUUUAAAGGAGAGCAACCCUCUGCUAAAAACAGGAUCCAUCAAAGACCAGACUCUGCUGAACCUGAACCCAGCUGUGUGUCCUUCAAGAGUGACUGGUCACAUCAAGACCUCAUUGACUUUAAAGAAGAGCAACCCUCUGCUGAAAAGAGAGUGGACCAGGACAGCUCAGAGGUUCCCAGUGGUCAGUCUGCCCAACAGCAUCAAAAACACCUGGACUCCAUAUUUAUGCUGCUGGAGGAUAACAUCGUCACUUUUGUGAAGAAUGAGCUGAAGAAGAUCCAGAAGGUUCUGAGUCCAGAUCACCCAGAAUGCUCAGAGAGUCAGAGGGAGGAUGAGGAUGAAGAGCAGAGGAGGAGUAAAGAGGAAUUUCUGAAGAUCACACUCCACUUCCUGAGGAGAAUGAAGCAGGACGAGCUGGUUGACCGUCUGCAGAACAGAAGUCCUGCUGGAGUUUGUAAGCGUAAACUCAAAUCUAACCUGAACACAAAGUUCCAGCGUGUGUUUGAGGGGAUUGCUAAAGUGGGAAACCCAACCCUUCUGAAUAAGAUGUUCACAGAGAUCUACAUCACAAAGGGAGGGACUGCAGAGGUCAAUGAUGAACAUGAGGUCACACAGAUUGAAAGAGCAUCCAGGAAACCAGACAGCCCAGAAACAACAAUCAGACGAGAAGACAUCUUUAAAAUCCCACCUGGAAGAGUUGAACCAAUCAGAACAGUGAUGACAAAGGGAGUGGCUGGCAUCGGGAAAACAGUCUUAACACAGAAGUUCACUCUGGACUGGGCUGAAGACAAAGCUAACCAGGACAUCCAGUUCACAUUUCCAUUCACCUUCAGAGAGCUGAAUGUGCUGAAAGAGAGAAAGUACAGCUUGUUGGAACUCAUUCAUUACUUCUUUAAUGAAACCAAAGAAGCAGGAAUCUGCAGGUUUGAAGAGUUCCCGGUUGUGUUCAUCUUUGACGGUCUGGAUGAGUGUUGCCUUCCUCUGGACUUCCUCAACACAAAAAUCCUGACUGAUGUUACAAAGUCCACCUCAGUGGAUGUGCUGCUGAUAAACCUCAUCAGGGGGAAUCUGCUUCCCUCUGCUCGCCUCUGGAUAACCACACGACCUGCAGCAGCCAAUCAGAUCCCUCCUGGGUGUGUUGACAUGGUGACAGAGGUCAGAGGAUUCACUGACACCCAGAAGGAGGAGUACUUCAGUAAGAGAUACAGAGAUGAGGAGCAGGCCAGCAGAAUCAUCUCCCACAUCAAGACAUCACGAAGCCUCCACAUCAUGUGCCACAUCCCAGUCUUCUGCUGGAUCACUGCUACAGUUCUGGAGGACGUGUUAAAGACCAGAGAGGGAGGAGAGCUGCCCAAGACCCUGACUGAGAUAUACAUCCACUUCCUGGUGGUUCAGUCCAAAGUGAAGAACAUCAAGUAUGAUGGAGGAGCUGAGACAGAUCCACACUGGAGUCCAGAGAGCAGGCAGAUGAUUGAGUCUCUGGGAAAACUGGCUUUUGAGCAGCUGCAGAAAGGCAACCUGAUCUUCUAUGAAUCAGACCUGACAGAGUGUGGCAUUGACAUCACAGCAGCCUCAGUGUACUCAGGAGUGUUCACAAUGAUCUUUAAAGAAGAGAGAGGACUAUACCAGGACAAAGUGUUCUGCUUCGUCCAUCUGAGUGUUCAGGAAUUUCUGGCUGCUCUUCAUGUCCAUCUGAUAUUCACCACAUCUGGAAUCAACCUGCUGUCAGAAGAACAAACAACAUCAACACAGUUCUACCAGAGUGCUGUGGAUGAGGCCUUACAGAGUCCAAAUGGACACCUGGAUUUGUUCCUCCGCUUCCUCCUGGGCCUUUCACUACAGACCAAUCAGAAUCUCCUGCGAGGUUUGAUGACACAGACAGAAAGUAGCUCAGAGACCAAUCCGGAAACAGUGGAGUACAUCAAGGAGAAGAUCGCAGAGAAUCUGUCUGCAGAGAGAAGCAUCAAUCUGUUCCACUGUCUGAAUGAACUGAAUGAUGGUUCUCUAGUGGAGGAGAUCCAACAGUACCUGAGAUCAGGAAUUCUUUCCAGAUAUAAACUGUCUCCUGCUCAGUGGUCAGCUCUGGUCUUCAUCUUACUGUCAUCAGAAGAAGAUUUGGACGUGUUUGACCUGAAGAAAUACUCUGCUUCGGAGGAGGCUCUUCUGAUGCUGCUGCCAGUGGUCAAAGCCUCCAAAAAAGCUCUACUGAGUGGCUGUGACCUGUCAGAGAGAAGCUGUGAAGCUCUGUCCUCAGUUCUCAGCUCCCAGUCCUCUAGUCUGAGAGAGCUGGACCUGAGUAACAACAACCUGCAGGAUUCAGGAGGGAAGCUGAUCUCUGUUGGACUGAAGAGUCCACACUGCACACUGGAGAUUCUCCGACUUAGUGUCUGUAACCUGUCAGAGAGAAGCUGUGAAGCUCUGUCCUCAGUUCUCAGCUCCCAAUCCUCUAGUCUGAGAGAGCUGGACCUGAGUAACAACAACCUGCAGGAUUCAGGAGGGAAGAUGAUCUCUUUUGGACUAAAGAGUCCACACUGCACACUGGAGACUCUCAGGGUGGAGCCUGCUGGAGUCAGAUGGUUGACACCAGGUCUGAGGAAGUAUUCCUAUGAACUCACACUCAACAAAAACACGGUGAACAAAAAACUCAAACUGUCUGACAACAGAAAGGUGACAUAUGUGAUGGAGGAUCAGCCAUAUCCUGAUCAUCCAGAGAGAUUUGACUCCUGGGAACAGCUGCUGUGUAGAGAUGGUCUGACUGGUCGCUGUUACUGGGAGGUUGAGAGGAGAGGACAUGUUUAUAUAUCAGUGAGUUACAGAGGAAUCAGCAGGAGAGGAUACAGUGAUGACUGUGUAUUUGGACGUAAUGAUCAGUCCUGGAGUCUGUUCUGCUCUGAUGAUUCUUACUAUGUCUGUCAUAAUAAGAAAGGAACAUCCAUCCCAUCCUCCUCUGUCUCUGGUAAAGUAGCAGUGUAUGUGGACUGUCCUGCUGGCUCUCUGUCCUUCUAUACAGUCUCCUCUGACUCACUGAUCCACCUCCACACCUUCAACACCACAUUCACUCAGCCUCUCUAUCCUGGGUUCAGGUUCAGUUCUCCUGGUUCCUCAGUGUCUCUGUGUUGUGUGUAG